AUGCGGCUCGCACCCAUGCGGCUCGCACCCAUGCGGCUCGCACCCAUGCGGCUCGCACCCAUGCGGCUCGCACCCAUGCUGCUUGCACCCAUGCCAGCUCGCACCCAUGCUGCUCUUGGCGUUUUCAUUUCCACCUCCCCUUUGUUUCAGCGCUGCCCACAGCACAAUCCAGCCUGGGGAACCAACCUUUGUAUUUUCUCGUCCCCCAAACAACAAGCAUCCAAUCCAACCACAAUCACCCCCACUCCCUCCCCCUCCCCACCUCAAACCGCCAAACCUUUCCACUGCUGCGCCCGCUCCCCCCCCCAGCCGCUCAACUUUGGAGGGGUAGCGAGCACGGAGAGCCGAGUGAACCCGGUGUUCUACAACUGGAACUUCGUUCUUCUCAAGUACUGCGACGGCGCCUCCUUUGCCGGCUCUGCCUUCGGCCGCCCCGCCAAGGCACACGCUCCCAGCAACCGGGGGAGCAGCCAUGCUGCUGCUGCUGCUGCUGCUGCUGCGGUGGGAGGGGCAGAGGCGGCGGAGGCAGGAGGUUCGGGUGAUCCGCAGACGCUGUUUUACAUGGGGCACUGGAACCUGCAGGCUGCUAUGCAAGACCUGCUGGUGCGGGGGGAGAUGGCGCAGGGAACAGACGCGUUGGUGGGUGGGUGCAGUGCGGGGGGGCGGUGGCAAUGUCUAUGGUACCUGCUGGCACGGAGGGGCAUGAAUCAGGGCACGGAUGCGCUGGUGGGCGGACCUGCUGGUGCGGCGGGGCAUGAAUCAGGGGACAGACGCGCUGACCUGCUGGUACGGAGGGGCAUGAAUCAGGGAACAGACGCGCUGGUGGGUGGGUGCAGUGCGGGGGCGGUGGCGGUGUCUAUGGUGUGCGACCCCAUCGCUGCAUGGCUCGCUCGCUUCCGCAUCCGCACCAAGUGCUUUAUGGACGCGGGGGUCUUCCCAGACGUGGUGGACUACUACGGGCAGCGCUCGCUGCGGCGCAAGGUGCAGCGCAUGGCGGGCGCUCAGAACAUCAACCGCGCCGGCAUCAGCUACUCCUGCAAGCAAUCGCUGGGCAGCAGCAAGGAGGCAUGGAACCCUCUCUCCCUUCACCCUCCCCCCCUCCUACCAGCGCUGGGCAGCAGCAAGGAGGCAUGGAAGUGUUUCUUCCCAGAGUACAAUCUCAACUUCGUCCGCACGCCCAUGUUCCUCGUCAACUCUCUCCUCGACUACAAGGCAGUCGCCAUCGCCCUCGCUCCCCGCAGCAAAACCCGCUCCAACCCGCUCCUCCGCUGCAUGCGCUCUCCGCGCUUCUCCUCCUGCUCCGCUCUACAGCUCCGCCUACUCCGCGACUUCUCCCACCGCGUCAACAGCACGAUAUACGGCAUCGUGCGCACGAGAGCCGCGGCGCGCGUCCCGUUCCGCGCGUUUACUUUCAGCGCGUCGACACAUUGCGUGAUAGGAAGCUCGUAUUGGAGCAGUUUACGUAUGGGCAUGCGGGAUGCGGACGGGGGCGGCGGGGAGGGAGGUGGCGGUGGGAGUGCGAGUGCGCUGGGUGUGAGCGUGCGGGAUGUGAAGGAUAUAGUAGGGGCAGGUGGAGAAGGCGGGGGAGGUGGUGGUGUCAGUGAUGUGAUGAGCAGCAGCGGGUUUGAAGGCGGCUUUGGUGGCGGAUUUGGGGGCGGAAGCAGGGAGGCCACUUUGGAAGGGAGGUUCACAGAUUGGUACUUUUCGUGA